CGAUAAUCUGGGUAGGUGGAUAGUGCAUGAGUUGCUUGACGAAGUCUUCGACAAAGACAAUGGGCACUACGUUAAGGCUACUUCUUCUGCAACAUUAUGCUGUGAGUGAACACUUCUACACUCCUAUAUUAUAAUAUGAGUAUUUAUUCCGACCCCUCCCUACUUCAGUGUGUGCGUUUAAGAUUAGUUCUUCUAACUGCGAGGUUAGUGAAGUUAAAUAACCUACAAUGAAUCUAUCUAUCAUACUCCAUCAUUAUUUCGCCCAUUGUUUGAUGUAUUACGCAGACAUGGGAGCACAAGAACAAGACAAAGACUGCUUAUGAAGAUUCCACUUCUAACUCCCACUGGGAUCUCCGCGAUGAGAACGAUGAUCGCAUUUUGGCGAUUAUACCGGAUCCGCACUUUAUCUGUUUUCAUGCGAUUCCUCGACAACUAGUGCAGAGAGGCUACUGGUAUGAGGAAGAGAAGGUGUUAGCACACGGCACGAG